ACCAGUUCGAAUUUAGUGAGCAGCGGCACCAGAAUGAGGGGAUUCGUUUACCUCCUGUCUGCGCUUACAGUUUGCCGAGCUUAUGACUAUGCACAAGCACUUCGUGAUUCACUACUGUUCUAUGAGGCUCAAAGGUCAGGGAAAUUACCUCCCGAUCAGAAAGUCAAGUGGAGAAAAGAUUCAGCCCUUAAUGACAAGGGACAAAAUGGCGAAGAUUUGACAGGAGGCUACUAUGACUCUGGUGACUAUGUGAAAUUUGGCUUCCCUAUGGCCUUCACAUCUACCAUCCUGGCUUGGGGGCUUGUGGACCAUGAAGGAGGAUACAUAGCAGCAAAUGCUCUGGACGAUGCUCGUAAAGCUGUUAGAUGGGCCACAGACUACUUCAUUAAGGCUCAUGUGAGCCCGAAUGAAUUCUAUGGUCAAGUAGGAGAGGUGGAUCACUCAAUCUGGUGUCGUCCUGAGGACAUACCAAUGCACAGACCGGCGUACAAGAUUGACACAUCACACCCAGGGUCAGACCUGGCUUCUGAGACUGCUGCUGCCCUCGCUGCAGCUUCAAUUGUGUUCCAGAGAAAUGACUCCUCUUAUGCUGACAUCUUGCUUACGCAUGCCAAGCAGCUUUUUGACUUCGCCAACAAAUAUCGUGGAAAAUACACUGAGUCCAUCACUGGUGCGAAGGGUUCCUAUGAGACCUAUAGUUAUUACGAUGAGCUGGUUUGGGGGGCCACAUGGCUGUACAGAGCAACUGGCAAUGAGUCCUAUCUGAAAAUUGCUGAACAGCUAUAUAAGGAAUUUGAUCUCCUGUACUGGACUACAGGUUUCACCUGGGAUAAGAAGAUCUCAGGAAUAGAGGUCCUACUGGCUAGGAUGCUGGGUAAACCACUUUAUAAAGACAGAGUGAUAAGUUACUGCGGCACUUUGGUAGAUUCACAGAAGAGGACACCAAAGGGUCUUGUUUACAUAGAAGAUUAUGGUUCCUUGUCCAAAAUUGCAGCUGCAGCUUACAUUUGUUUUCAGUUGGCAGAUCUGGGAGCAAGCAGCGAUUUCUAUAGGCAGUUUUUCAAAAAGCAGAUUGAUUACAUACUGGGAGAUUCAGGUCGCAGCUAUGUGGUGGGCUUUGGCAAUAAUCCACCAACACAUGUUCGUCACAGAUCCAGGUGUGAAAGAAGAAAUUUAAUCACAAUGAGAAGUUUGAUUACUGGAUGGUGACUACAAAGCCAACCAACUGUGAAACAAGAUAGAAGGAAAUAUUAUGAAAGAAAAUAUUGGUCUUCUAUUCUGUAGCUUUAUAACAAAUUCUUUCAUUAACCUUCAAAUUCUGGACAUUUUAUAUGGUGGUAGGUAGUUUAUUUAAAUCCCCAUUGCUGUUGAACAUUUAGAUGUCCUUUGCUGUUUUAAAUAAUUUUAAGCAUUUUAUUAAAAUUGUGUAUCUAAUACAAUUAUUAUGAUAAAGGAAGGGGAUUAACCUUGUUUCUAUCAGAAAAUAACAUAAUGUCAUAUAUUGAAACAUAAGAUUUGAAAAUGUUUAAGCAAAAAAGUUAUACUUUAUUGCCUCUUGAGCAAAAGAGUUUUCCACUUCUUCACAAAGUGGUUCUGCAUUAUAAUAUCAUCCCUUAUUGUAACACUUGCCAUACUUCUAUUGUCCCUGGUGUUGUAAUACAUCUGGAGCUACUGAAAACCUUGUUAUAUUAUUCUGUUUAGAAGAUUUACAUUUUUGCCACUCUCUUCAGUUAUUCAUCUAUGUUGACUAGAGGGAUAGAAAAGUGAAAGUAUGGAAAUGCAAGAGAGACAGGAGAGUAAAUUCUUUGUUUUGUACAUCAGUCCCCAAGGCCUUCUAUUGCAACAACAAGAAAAUAUUGUCCUUACUAUAGUCACAACCAAAUGCUUGCAUCAUAGCUGAGAUACAGAGUGCAUUCAGUUUUCUGUGAGUUCAUAGUCAAUUUGAAUAUAUUUUCAUUUCAUCAUGCAAUGGUAAUGGAACAUCGUUUGGAAGAUGAUAAAAUUGAAAAGCAGCUUAAGUGCAAGAUAUGUGACAUGGGACUGUGUAUUCUUGCAUCUUUCAAGGUAUACCAUGAAUACCAUACAAAGGAGUGAUUCAGUUAGAUGAUUGGGUGGGGGGGUGAAGCCUAUAAAUACACCAAGAAGAUAACAAAAACGAUAUGUACAAUGAAUUUAACUAUACUUAAAAAUAAUUAUUUAAAAUUGUGCAUGCAUAUCUACUAGCACUGUGUGCGCACUUUUACUAGCAGCAUUUAAAUGCUCGGAUGCGCGCAUAUGUAUACUUCAGCCAUGACGGCUGUACCUUUCAAUGUACCGAUAUGUGCACUUCAGAUGUCAAAGGUUAAAGUACUGUUGGUUUUGUAUGCAAAGUACUCCUUCAGAUAAAGAUGGUAAUACUUGUACAAUAAUAAGAAAUAUUACUAAAACUUGUAAAAUUAUUAAAAAUAUAAUUGUAUGUAUACAAUUCUGUUACACUAGUCCCUUGUGUAAAGCGGCUCUAAAAUUAAUGAAAAUGAAUGAAAUUUAAGUGUGAUACUUUUAAGCCUAUGGGCUUAAUGUUGUGGGAACCCCCACAUACUAACACGCA